AAAAUAUUCGUCGCUUAUUCAAUUUAAUGUCUGAGAUAUAAUCUUUGGUUGAAAACUGGAAAUCGAAAAUUGAGAAAAUUGAGGUAUCCCAAACUUGAUCUCCGAUCGAAAGGCAUUAAAUUCUCACUGACGAGUCUCAAAUUCCGAGGACCCAUUUCUCCUUCUUCCUUGAUCUCAUCUGGGUUGUGUGAUUGGUGAAUGAGGAAUCCACAUAGCAAUGGAAACCUUCGGAAGCUGGAAGCGGACGGAGGAGAAGCAACGGAGGAGGAAUCGUGCCAGAACGGCUUCGGAGAUGGGGUCAUCUUGGGACUUGACGGUGGUGCCACCUCUACGGUGUGCGUGUGCCUGCCAUUUUUCCCGUUCGGCGAUCAUUUCCCGGAGCCUCUUCCAAUCCUCGGACGAGCCGUCGCCGGUUGCACCAAUCGCAACAGCGUAGGAGAAACUGCAGCGAGGGAUUCGCUAGAGCAAGUUAUUUCUGAGGCACUUGUACAGUUGGGUUCAGAUAAAUCAGAUGUUCGCGGUGUGUGCUUAGGUGUUUCAGGUGUAAAUCAUCCCUCAGACCAGGAAAAGAUAGAAAAUUGGAUAAGGGAGAUGUUCCCUAGUCACGUCAAGGUAUAUGUUAAGAACGAUGCUAUAGUGGCUUUAGCUAGUGGAACCAUGGGGAAGCUCCAUGGCUGUGUUCUAAUUGCCGGUACAGGAUGUAUAGCCUAUGGCUUUGAUGAAGAUGGCAGGGAGGCUAGAGCAUCUGGUGCUGGACCAAUCUUAGGUGAUUGGGGAAGUGGCUAUGGAAUUGCUGCACAGGCUCUAACGGCAGUGAUUAAAGCUAACGAUGGUCGUGGCCAACAAACGAUGCUUACAAGUACCAUCUUAAAAGCACUUGGACUUUCCUCUCCAGAUGAACUCAUCGGGUGGACUUACGCUGAUCCAUCUUGGGCACGUAUCGCUGCUCUUGUUCCUCAUGUAGUAUCAUGUGCAGAAGCUGGUGAUGAAAUUUCAGAUAAGAUCUUGGUUGAUGCAGCUGAGGAUUUAGCUCUAAAUGUGAAAGCUGUUGUACAAAGACUUGGUUUGUGUGGCGAAGAUGGGACAGGUUCUUUCCCGGUUGUAAUGGUGGGUGGUGUCCUAAAUGCUAAACGGAAAUGGGACAUUGGGAAAGAAGUCUCAAAGCGCAUCAACCAAUACUUUCCCGGUGCUCAAACUAUCAUACCAAAGGUAGAGCCAGCUGUUGGAGCAGCAUUGUUGGCCAUGAACUUCUUAACAAGUUAACAAGAGAAUCCACGGCUCACAUAUUGUCAAAAUCGAUGUUUUCUUGAAUCUUUAAGCAUGCCAUAGUGAUAUAAUUUUCUCUUACUGUGGUACAUUUGUACAUUUGUAAAAUCUCAUUGUCAACGCCCAAUUUUUAUU